AUGGUCCUGGCAAAUGACCCGGCUUCGUCUUGGUGCCGGCGAUCGGAACACAACUUUGAGGGUAAGACGUGGGAGUCUGUGAUGUUGGAGAUGCAAGGUGUGGUGUUGCCGGUUGGUUGGGAUGAAGCGGCUAAGGAGCGCUUACGUGAAUUAGCCAUGAAGGGGAAUGAGUCGGUAACAGCUUAUUGUGGACGGGCUAGGAUGAUUCAAGAGGAAAUUGGGGUUGAUGACUGUAGUGAUGAGAGUUUGGCUGAGGCGGUAGUGGGAGGGACAUCAGGGACGUUUAAGGCGUGGAUCAAGAUGGAGCGCGUCGUGAAGAACAGCCUGGACCCUCUAACGAAGCGCUUCUCGUUCCCUGUCUUCGAGGAUCGACUCGGUUCCAUUUGGCUCCUUGCCCAAUCAAUUGACGGGCGGAACGGUGGCCGAUCACAAUCGACGGCGGGACCCUCCUCGACUGCAGCGGGUACUACACCAGUUGUUCAUCCUAGAUCGACUCACUCGGUUAAUCCGGCGGCUUCGAACGCCAACGGUCCUCCUCUGUCGCCUGAAGAGCUUCAAGCCCGUAAUGUCCGUUUUGGCGCUUACAUGCGAUCCAUCGGCUUAUGUCCUCGCUGCAAAACCUCGUGCAACAAGUGGUUGGGAGGUUGCGAAGCGAGACCUAGUGCUACGUUUUUUUCCGUUCCUAUGGAGUUCCCGCGAGCACCACCCUAUCCAUCCGCCAAGGGUGGCGCACCUAUCCCACCAUCUAAACCUGCAGUGCCGACAGGUGGUGCGAGACCAUCUCGUCGUGUGGACGUGGCGACGGUGGAAACGGGUCAAAGUUCGGUGGAUGUUGCGGCGACGGGUAACUUUCCUGACCUGGGACGUGCAGAUCUAGCUGCUUACGAGCAAUUGAUCAACCACUUGAACGGGCCAGCCGAUGACGAUGUUGUGGAGGCGGCUGAGUACGAAGCUUCUCCUGAUUAUUCUAUAACUUCAGCACAAGCUUUCUAUUCUCUAUCAUCAUUACAAGAUUCAAUUGACAAAUCAAAGACAGAAUUACAAUCAGAAACUAUAGAAUCUAAAGCAAAUCCAAAUUCAAAAACCAAUUUAGAAACAACAAUUAAACCUAAAUUGAAAACUAUUUAUGAUCAUUUAGAAACAAUCUCAUUCUCAGCUGGAGUAAUGCCAUCAACUUAUUGCGCAACCUUGAGAGUCUUAAUCAAAUUAAAUCAAAAAUUUAGAUUUCAAUCAUGA